CUCAAAUUCACCUAACUCACCACGAUACUGCCAAUCUCUGCGUUGUCUUUGGUCAAUUUUAAGAUGGCUACCACACGCGUACUGGCUUUCUUCGUUUUGUCGUUAACGAUGACAAUGGUUGUCUGUCAGACGUUCCAAUAUAGUCACGGUUGGACAAACGGAAAGAGAUCGUCGUCCAUGCUGGAAGAAGUGGCAAAUCCUGCCAGUAAGAAUGCAGGUCAAUUAGACAAUGUCCUUGUUAACUGUGAGCUACAGAAGCUGAGAUUACUGCUUCAAGGAAACCUUAACAGCCAAAUAUUAGAACAACUUCCCUGUGAAUUCUUCAUGUCUUCGAAAAGAAAUUUUCCGGAAGGUAUUACCACUCUGGAUCAUAUGCGACAACAGCCUACUCCUGUCAAUAAUAAUUAUUAA